AAAUGGAGAAACGAUUUGAAGGGAAAGUGGUGAUUGUUACAGCUUCUACACAAGGUAUUGGAUUUAGCAUAGCUCAGAGACUUGGAUUUGAAGGUGCUUCUGUUGUUAUCUCCUCUCGCAAACAGGAAAAUGUAGAUGAAGCAGUAAAGAAACUGAGAGAUGGAGGAAUUGAAGUGUUGGGAUUAGUAUGUCAUGUCUCAAAUGCACAACAGAGGAAGAAUUUGAUAGACAAGACCAUUCAGAAAUAUGGGAAACUAGACGUGGUUGUGUCAAAUGCCGCUGUCAAUCCUUCAGUAGAUGCAAUAUUAGAAACUAAAGCAUCAGUCAUUGACAAGCUGUGGGAUAUCAAUGUCAAGGCCGCUAUACUAUUACUACAAGAUGCAGCUCCAUACCUUAACAAGGGUUCAUCAGUUGUUCUGAUUUCCUCAAUUUCUGGUUACUCCCCACCAGCUUCAAUGGGUAUGUAUGGGGUAACAAAAACUGCACUACUCGGACUUACCAAGGCUCUUGCAGCUGAAAUGAGUCCAGAUACUCGUGUAAACUGUGUAGCACCGGGUUUUGUACCUACACAUUUUACUGAUUUCAUCACAAGUAAUGAACAAGUGAGGAGAGAUAUUGAGGGUAAGACAUUACUCAAUAGGCUUGGAACAACACAAGAUAUGGCCGCUGCUGUUGCUUAUUUGGCUUCUGAUGAUGCUUCUUAUGUAACUGGAGAAACUCUGGUUGUUGCUGGAGGAAUGCCUUCCAGACUUUAACUUCUCUAUUGCAGUGCCUC